AUGAAACAUCUGUACAUCUAUCUAUCUAUCUAUCUAUCUAUCUAUCUAUCUAUCUAUCUAUCUCAAUCUGUUCAUAUCUAUCUUUCUUUCUUUCUAUCUCAGUCUGUUCAGAUCUUUCUUUAUUUCUUUUUUUCAUUCAUUCUAUCUAUCUAUCUAUCUAUCUAUCUAUCUAUCUAUCCCAGUCUGUCUAUCAUCUAUCUAUCCCAUUCUGUUCAUCUAUCUAUCUAUCUAUCUAUCUAUCUAUCUAUCUAUCUAUCCCAGUCUCUUCAUAUCUAUCUAUCUAUCUAUCUAUCUAUCUAUCUAUCUAUCUAUCUAUCUCCGUGGCACAGCCUACCGUUGCCAAGCAGUACGGCCUACCGAUUCCAAGUAGUACAGCCUACCGGUUCCAAGUGGUACAGCCUACCGUUUCCAAGCAGUACGACCUACCGAUUACUAGCAGUACAGCCUACCCAUCCCAAGCAGUACGGCCUACCGAUUACUAGCAGUGCAACCUACCCAUCCCAAGCAGUACAGCAUACCGAUUCCAAGCAGUACAGCCUACCGAUUCCAAGCAGUACAGCAUACCGAUUCCAAGUGGCACAGCCUACCGACUCAAGCAGUACAACCUACCGAUUCCAAGCAGUCCAGCCUACCGAUUCCAAGCAGUACAGCCGACCGAUUCCGAGUGCCUACCGAUUCCAAGCAGUACAGCCUACCGAUUCCAAGCAGUACAGCCUACCGGUUCCGAGUGGUACAGCCUACCGUAUCCAAGCAAUACAGCAUACCGAUUCCAAGGAGUCCAACAUAACGUUUCCAAGCAGUACAGCCUACCGAUUCCAAGCAGUACAGCAUACCGAUUCCAAGCGGCACAGCCUACCGAUUCCAAGCAGUACAGCCUACCCAUUCCAAGCAGUACAGCCUACCCAUUCCAAGUGGUACAGCCUACCCAUUCCAAGCAGUACGGCCUACCGAUUCCAAGCAGUACAGCCUACCGAUUCCAAGCAGUACAGCAUACCGAUUCCUAGCAGUACAGCCUACCCGUCCCAAGCAGUACAGCCUACCGUUUCUAAGCAAUACAGCAUACCGAUUCCAAGGAGUCCAACCUACCGUUUCCAAGAAGUACAGCCUACCGAUUUCAAGCAGUACAGCCUACCGAUUCCAAGCAGUACAGCCUACCCAUCCCAAGCAGUACAGCCUACCGAUUCCAAGCAGUACAGCCUACCCGUCCUAAGCCGUACAGCCUACCGUUUCUAA